AGCAUCAACUCCGACAAAUUGUUUAUUGUAAUCUUUAUUUGGGAUCACAGCAAUCGGCAUUUUUUAUUCUGAAAAAACAUCUUCCCGUUUUAGCAUGUCCAUGCGCCGAAAUCUGCUGGAUUCGGCAGAGAAGCGCCGAUCUCUGCAAAACGUCGCACUGGCCCGGGGCCGUCUCAAAGGAGCCCUCCAGGACGUCGUAACCCAAAGCGAUGACGACGCGGGAGACGAAUCAGAUGAGCAGCGCGAAAUCCGAUAUUCAAAACGGUUGAAAACUUCGGCACCUGAGUCAAUUGCCAUUCCGCACCAGUCGUACAUAAUGAAACUGUUUGACCGGAGUGUAGAUCUGGCUCGGUUCGAUGAAUCUACCCCGCUUUAUCCAAUUUGCCGUUCGUGGAUGCAAAACCAACCGAGAUUGAAUCCGAAUCGAUUGAGCGGUCCAUUUUCGCCAAUCAAACGGGAGCGAAAUGCGGAAAUGGCUGACCAGUACCGGAAUCACGAGCUAAAGGAGAUUCGAGCUAUGCCAGCCCCAGACCCGGCUGUGUAUUCUUACAGCCGAUGUCCAUCGCCGGUAGGGCACAAUAGAGAUGUUCCGAGAACGGAGAUCGAUUUUCAUGCAGAGCCAAUUUCCAAAGCGGUACUAAUGGCUGAACACAAACAAAACUGGGGACAGGUUCGGCGUAAGUGGCAGGAUCGCGGACGGCUGGUGGAUCAACGUUAUGCUGCCAGUUUUGAGUUGCUCGAUGCUCUGCUCCAAAAGUCGUAAUUGUGAAUGUACCGGUAGAAUUUAGGAAAAUUAGAUUUUAUGUAACCUGACAGAUUUUUAAUAUAUCGCAUGAAUAAGGUUUUUUA